CUACCCCACAAACAGUUUCAUUCGUGUGUAAUCACGUCGUCGCCGUGUGUGUAGGAAAAAAGAACGAAGUAAAGAAUGGGGCAAAGAGUGGGAUUUGUUUGCCUUGCAAUAACGGGGUAUACGGUUUGUACAUUUUGUGUCGAGUUUCCUUGAGUUGUUUCCCCAUUGCCAGCGGAUAGAAUAGAUCUAUGUAGACUACUACAGCUAUAUCCCCGGCUGUAUUAUACAUAAAUGCAUACUCAAAUAGAGUAUGUCGUGUAUAGUUUAGCCGAGGAUGUGAACGUGACAUCUUUUCAGGGUCCCGGUUCUUUUUAUUUCUUUUUCUUUUCUGUUCGCCGCGGCUCAUCACAAUGAGACGCGUGUCUCAUCAACCACCCAGCCAAAGGGACCCCAAGUAGCUCUCAGAGAGAGAGAGAAACUUGUUAGUAUAGCCAUCUCAUGCGAUCACGGUGACGUUUCCUUUUUGUUUUGUUUUUUGACAGGAAAGAUCCCGAAAGGCGUCAAAAAAUGGGAUUGAAGGGCGAAUUUCUAAUGAGAAACAUGUCAGAAAGGUCUGUGCAGUCGAGCCGAGCCGCCAUGUUGGCUAUUAAAUAGCCCCCGACGACGAGAUGGAGGACGAUAUAAUUGCAUCAGAUUUCGCCCAGUCAGCAACGAAACGAGCUUCAUCAUCAAGAAGAAUCGAGAAGAAUCAAAAUGCAUCCGGAUCACGUGGUAAUUAUGCGACGGGCGACCGAAGUGGCUGCCAAUUUCUUAUCCAACUUCAUUUUGUCGCGAGUGGAAGAUGAGCAGAAACGCCGGGAUUUCGUCGUCUGCUUGGAGCAAUUGCUGGCCAGUCGUUUGGAACAUCAUUGGUAUCCGGAGCAUCCGAGCCGAGGGCAAGCUUACCGCUGCAUCCGACUCAAUCCAUCCAGCGGUCGAGAAGCUCUGAUUGAGACGGCCGUCAUCGUGGCCGGUCUGACUAACGCCGACAUUCAACUGCCCUUGGAACUGACCGUCUGGAUCGAUCCCGACAGCGUGGCCUACCGAUUUGGCGAGAAUGACGGAUCGCAUUGUACUCUGGUAUCCUUCGAGGAUCAAUUCGAGCCUUUGAAUAAUAAUACGACGACGACGACUCCUCAAACACCAAUAAAAGGAGACGGACGAGAGUGCCGGCCAUGUCAGAUUGUUUUCCAGCUGGGUUGUUGUGCUCCAUGUCCGGCAUUGUCUCAUAGUACAACUUAUAUCGAGCAAUAUAGAUGCCAGGGCUGAUUGAUCUCGUCCGCUUUGUCUGAGAUGCUCAUACGACAUCACAAUAAUAUGUGUAUGUAUAUCUUUUGUCUUUUCCCUGUGUAAGUUUAGGCUAUUCAAAUGCCAAUUGUGUCAAUAUUCUUUCUCGCUUGC